CAGCAGCAGCAGCAGCCUCCCUCCUCUUGGCUCUUCCUUCUUGCUGCCGCCUUAGCUGACAUCUUGUGAUUUCUACGUGACCCACCCGUUCCACUGUCCUUUAGAGACAUGUUUUCACACUCUCCAUAAAUAUAGGCCCCUCAGAGUUGUUGGGGGUUCAGUUCCAGGCCACUGUAGUAAAGCCAGUCACACAGAUUUCCUGGCUUCCCAGCACAUAAAAAAGUUAUGGCUACACAGCUUUCCUGGUGGCUCAGACAGUAAAGAAUCCGCCUGCGAUGCAGGGGACCCGGGUUCAGCCCCUGGGUUGGGAAGAUCCCCUGGAGAAGGGAAUGGCCAUCCAGCCCAGUAUUCUUGCCUGGAGAAUUCCAUGGACAGAGGAGCCUGGUGGGCUACAGUCCAUGGGGUCGCAAAAGAGUCCGACACGACUGAGCGACUAACGCUGCUACUACUACCCUAGACUCGGGUGUAACGAGCAAGAAAUCGCACCGUAUCUAAAAACGAUGUAUGUACCUUUAUUUCAAAGUGCUUCCCUGCUAAAAAACGCUAUCGUUUGAGCCUUCAGUAAGUCAUCUUUUUGCAACAGUAGUAUCAAAUACAUAGAUCACAGGUCACUGAAAUACAUAGAGUGGUGAAAAAGUUUCAGAUAUUGUGGAAGUUACGAGGAUACGACGCAGAAGUGUGACGUGAGAAAAUGGCACCCGUAGAAUUGCUAAGCCCUUAAUUUGUGAAAUAGUCACGACGUCCAGAAGCACAAUAAAGCAAAGUGUAAUAAAACGAGACACACCUGCGGCGCGGUAUCUGGUGAGGGUCUGCUGCCUGCCAGGGGUCCAAGGCAGAAGUGCCUGGGACACAGUCCCGGGCCUCGGGACACUUGGUGGCCGCAGAGGAGACUGUAGGCCCAGAGCAGACAGAGGCAGGAGCUACACGAUUGCGCCAGCGGGAGUCCCAGGGCCCAGCACUCAGCAUCUGGGGUUCAGGGCACAGCCCAGAAGAAGCCUAGUUUCAGCCAAAGCCCACGUGCUCCUCUGCCUGGGAGUUUGGCACAGAGUGAGAAGGGGGCCACGCACACCAGCCCCCUCAGCUCCUGGUCCACUGCAGGCAGCCACUGGAACCAGCCUGCUACUCUGAGCACAGGCCAGGGCAGCGGCGCCGCCCAAGGAACAGCAGCGCUCUGGGGGCUGCCUGCUGUUUUUUGCUUCCCGCAAGAAGAUCCAUUCAGACCCGCUGCCUGAGCACAGGGCUGCUGGCCGGACAGGCAAGCCUCAACCUGCUUGGCUCCCCUCGAGCAUGCCCUGUCUCCUAGAUACAGCCUGGCCAGCUGGUCGUGCUCCCUGGACACUUCUGGGGCUUGGGUACCCCACAGGUCAUGCUCCAAACCGGGAGCAGCCUGGAAGCUCCCGGACCCCUCACUAGUGGGGGUUGGAGUGAAGAUGCUCAGAGGCAAGGGUGUCAGCGUCAGGCACCACCUAGUGAAGCCGGGACGAGGAGGCUGGUUGCCCGCGCGAGCAAGCGGGGAGGGAAGGCUGGUGUACCCCAGCGACUUCCAGCUCACGGACAAGGAGAAAAGCAGCAUCUGCUACCUGUCCUUUCCCGACUCCCACUCAGGCUGCCUUGGGGACACGCAGUUCAGCUUUCGCAUCCGUCAGUGUGGAGGGCAGAGGCGCCCCGGGCACGCGGGUGAGAAGCGUGGCGACAGUGGGGCCCCCGCGUCACUUCAGAGAGAGCCUGCACACUACUUUGGCUACGUGUACUUCAGGCAGGUGAAGGACAGCUCCGUGAAGCGGGGCUACUUCCAGAAGUCGCUGGUGCUGCUGUCCCGCCUGCCCUUUGUCCGGCUGUUCCAGGCACUGCUGGGCCUGGUGGCCCCCGAGUUCUUCGACAAGCUGGCGCCCUGCCUGGAAGCAGUCUGCAACGAGAUCGACCAGUGGCCGGCGCCCGCGCCGGGGCAGACCCUGAGCCUUCCCGUCAUGGGAGUCGUCCUCCAGGUGCACAUCCCGUCGAGAGCGGACACAUCUGAGCCCGGGCCCCUGGAGCCCAGCGGCCACGAGACCCUGCUGCCAGCCCCGGUGGUCCUCCACAGCGUCCACGAGCUGGACCUGUUCAGGUGCUUCCGGCCCGUGCUGGCCCACGUGCAGCUGCUGUGGGAGCUGAUGCUCCUCGGGGAGCCCCUGCUGGUCCUGGCGCCUUCGCCCGCCGUGUCCUCCGAGAUGGUCCUGGCGCUGACCAGCUGCCUGCAGCCGCUCAAGUUCUGCUGCGAUUACCGCCCCUACUUCACCAUCCAUGACAGCGAGUUCAAGGAGUUCACCACUCGCACGCAGGCCCCACCAAACGUGGUCCUGGGAGUCACAAACCCUUUCUUUAUCAAAACGCUCCAGCACUGGCCCCACAUUCUCCGAGUCGGGGAGCCCAGGAUGUCAGGGGACCUUCCCAAGCAGGUCAAACUGAAAAAGCCCUCGAGGCUGAAGACCCUGGACACCAAGCCAGGCCUCUACACCGCGUACACGGCCCACCUCCACCGAGACAAGGCCCUGCUCAGACGGCUGCUGAAGGUACCGCUGGGGGUGGGGUGCUCCCCGUGGGAGGAGGACCCAGGCCUGGUGCUUUGGCUCAGCCCUGGCGACCCCCAGGGCCUGCAGAAGAAGCGGCCGUCGGAUGUGCAGACGGCGGUGCUGAGGCGCCACCUCUUGGAGCUCACUCAGAGCUUCAUCAUCCCUCUGGAGCACUACAUGGCCAGCCUCAUGCCGCUGCAGAAGGGCAUCGUGCCCUGGAAGACUCCUCCCCAGAUCCGCCCCUUCUGCCAGGAUGACUUCCUGCAAAGCCUGGAGCGAUCUGGCCCCCAGCUCACCUGUGUCCUCAAGGGCGACUGGCUGGGCCUCUACAGGCGGUUUUUCAAGUCCCCCCAUUUUGACGGGUGGUACCGGCAGCGGCACAGGGAGAUGACCCAGAAGCUUGAGGCCCUUCACCUCGAGGCCAUCUGUGAGGCGAACAUCGAGAUCUGGAUGAAGGACAAGUCUGAGGUGGAGGUUGUGGAUCUGAUCCUGAAACUUCGGGAGAGGCUGGUUCGGGCGCAGGGCCACCAGCUGCCCGUGAAGGAGGCGACACUGAAGCGGGCGCGGCUGUACAUCGACACGGCCAUCGGCUCCCUGCCCAAGGACCUGCAGGCCGUCCUGUGCCCUCCCUAGGGCGGUGCCCGUGGGCCCCGGCCAGAGUCUGGCAGCUGCUUUCCUCCCCCGCCCCCCCACGAGCUCCCUGCUUCCCCCCACCUGGCACUACCGUCGUCCAGCAGUAAAGGUGGCAUUUGGAACCAUA